AUGAAUGAUCUCCUCACGAAAUCGUUCCUAAGUUAUGUGGAACUCAAGAAGCAAGCCAGUAAGGACCUGGAAGCCGAGCUCGUCGGCGGCGGCGCUAAUUCGCAGGAGCUCGCCCCCGCAGGCGACGAGCCCAACCUCGUCGAGUUCUUCCUCCGAGCCGACUCAAUCAAGUCCGAGAUGGAAGAGAUCACCGAUCUCUUGUCCGACCUCGAAGCCCUAAACGAAGAAACCAAGUCCUCCCACAGCGCCAAGGUCCUCCGCGGGCUGAGGGACCGAAUCCAAUCCGACACGGUGGCCGUCCUCCGGAAGGCCAAGAGCGUCAAGGCCAGCCUCGAAUCCCUCGAAGCUUCAAACACGGCCAACCGGAAGACCUACAGAGAAGGAACCCCCGUCGACAGAACAAGGGUCUCCGUCACCAACGGUCUGAGGGUGAAAUUCAGGGAGACGAUGAACGAGUUCCUCUUUCUCAGAGAGAAGAUCCUGUCCGAUUACAAGAAGGAUCUGAGGAGGAAGUAUUUCGUGGCGACCGGAGAGGAACCCAGCGAGGAGGCGAUGGAGAAGAUCGCUUCAGGGAGCGGUGGGGUCGAGCUGAUGUUGGCGGCGGCGGCGCAAGGAAAGAAGAAGGAGGCGGAGGAGGACUUGCAGAGCAAAGAGAGGCACCAAGCCGUGCUGGAUAUACAGAGGAGCUUGACGAAGCUUCAUCAGGUGUUCUUAGAUAUGGCGGUUCUGGUGGAGACUCAGGGGGAUAGGAUUGAUGACAUCGAGGAGAAUGUGGCCAAGGCCACCGAGUUCGUGGCUGGAGGGACUGGUAAUCUCUACUACGCCAAGCAGAUGAAGAAAAAGAAGCGGGCUACUUGGAUUUACUGUGGUAUAGCUGCGGCAAUCAUGGUGGUUUUGUUUGUGUGCCUGAUUUCCUUGCUUACUUCUUGA